AUGAAGGAAAAGUCCAAAAAUGCUGCAAAGACAAGAAGAGAAAAGGAGAAUGGAGAAUUCUAUGAGUUGGCAAAGUUGCUGCCACUUCCCUCAGCUAUUACAUCCCAGCUGGACAAAGCUUCUAUCAUCCGGCUGACCACUAGCUACCUGAAGAUGAGGGCAGUGUUCCCAGAUGGUUUAGGAGAUGCCUGGGGACAUCCGAGCCGCGUUGGACCCAUGGACAAUGUUGCUAAGGAACUAGGUUCACAUCUACUUCAGACCCUUGAUGGAUUUGUUUUUGUUGUAGCAUCUGACGGCAAAAUAAUGUACAUUUCAGAGACCGCAUCGGUACAUCUAGGUUUAUCACAGGUGGAACUAACUGGUAAUAGUAUUUAUGAGUACAUACAUCCCUCGGAUCAUGAUGAAAUGACAGCAGUGCUCACAGCUCAUCAGCCUCUUCAUCCGCACUUGCUACAAGAGUACGAAAUAGAACGGUCAUUUUUCCUGCGAAUGAAGUGUGUUCUGGCGAAAAGAAAUGCUGGACUGACAUGUAGUGGGUACAAGGUGAUUCACUGCAGUGGAUAUCUGAAAAUAAGACAAUUUAUGCUGGACAUUUCUUUAUAUGACUCGUGCUAUCAGAUUGUAGGGCUUGUGGCAGUGGGACAGUCCUUACCCCCUAGCGCAAUCACAGAGAUUAAGCUUCACAGCAACAUGUUUAUGUUCAGAGCAAGCCUGGAUUUGAAGCUCAUCUUCUUGGAUUCCAGAGUAGCUGAAUUAACUGGAUAUGAGCCUCAAGACCUCAUUGAGAAAACCCUUUAUCAUCACGUACAUGGCUGUGAUGUGUUUCACCUGAGAUACGCUCAUCAUCUCUUGCUGGUGAAAGGCCAGGUCACCACAAAAUACUACAGGCUGCUCUCCAAGCAUGGAGGCUGGGUUUGGGUUCAGAGCUAUGCAACCAUUGUCCAUAACAGCCGUUCCUCAAGACCUCACUGCAUAGUGAGUGUCAACUACGUGCUCACGGACAUAGAGUACAAAGACCUGCAGCUGUCAUUAGAACAGGUAACUGUUUCAAAGACCCCAUUUUCAUGCAGGGCCGCCAUGACUACCUCACAGGAACCGCGUAGGCCGGCCAAGCUAAAAACAACUAAAGUGAAGUCCAAGCCCAGAACAAAUCCGUAUCCACAGCAAUACAGCUCAUUCAACAAUGAAAGACUGGAAUGUUCCCAGUUGGGAAACUGGAAAGGAAGUACCACACUAAGUACUUCCACCAAUCAAGAACAUAGUGUCCAUUCAGAAAACACAGAACUUGUAUACACCCCCACCUAUGGCUUGCCAUUCCCAUACCAUUAUGGACACUUUCCCGUGGAGUCACAUGUCCUUAAUAACAAAAAGCAAGUGAUGCCUCCCCGUUUUGGGCAAUCCCAAGGAUCACCAUGUGAAGUGGCAAGAUUUUUCUUCAGCACACUGCAAACAGGGGGCGAGUGUCGCUGGCAUUAUGCCAACCCAUUAGCACCAAGCUCUCCAACUAAACCUAUUCACGAACAACAAAUAAAUCAAGCUCGACAUCCCCUGGCUCAAAAUUAUGAAGCGAUGUCCAGAAAUCUGCGUAAGUACAAAUUUCUGGAGUCGCCAAAUGAUGGAUAUACGGGCUGUUCAUCUUCAAGAUUCAAUGCCAGAUACAAAGAUGAAUUCUACCAGACCGCUGCAAUGAAAACAAAUAAAUUGGAAAACAGAGCCUCCCCAACUUACCAUACAGUAAAAGAAGAAAAUAAGAUGAUUUUUAGUAGAUACCAGCAGGAGAAAACUGUUGAAAAGCACUUUUCAAACACAUUUAAUAAUAAUGUUUUGCCAAAAUCAGAGUGUCUCCAUGCAAAGACUAUUGGACCAUUAAGCCAUCUUCUACCAAGGCCAAUGGUAUAUGAGCAGGCACGAAGACUCUGCAUGAAGGAACCUAGGUAUGGACAUGUCAAUCUGCAUCACACAAGUUAUAAUGAACUGGAAAACAGUGAUAGAAUGACUCCAAAAUUCUCCCAUCAUAACUCUGAACAUGAGCACUUCAAAUCAGGUGGGCAGGUUCCAUUGGUGCCUAUCAAUUACCAUCAUGUGUUAUCCAAACAUGGAACUUGCCAAACCUCACCAUGCUCAGGUACGGACCAUGGGACAGAAAAUUUUAGCUAUAGCCCUGAAGAAGUAAAUACAUUUAUUUACAAAAACCAAAGCCCAUCAUCUCUCUCUUCUCCCGAAACUGCACUUCCCCAUUAUAUUGGGACCUCAGUCAUUAUAAGCAAUGGAAGGUGACAAUAAGGUUUUAUUUUAAGAGGUGAAAACUGGAAUGAGUUACACAGAAGCAUGGGAAAGCUUGGUGACCAAUACUUACCAAGCCUAUCUGAAGGUCAUGAAAGGACAGACGUGCAUGUGUUCUUGGCAAGCCAUGUGUAACAGGACCUACAAGGUCAGAAAAAUACAGCUAGCUUCUGAGUAACAUUGUUACAGAUUAAUCUCUGGUGUAGACCGUGCUAUUUGAGAAGUCAUAUGUCAGAUCAUAUUUUCCUAACUCCGCUGCGGUAUGGUUGGAAAGGGCAGUGGGUGAUACGCAGAGUUUCAAAUUUAAUUAUAUGGAGGAAACAUGUUUUUAAAAAAAACUAUUUUCUUUAAUCCUCUGUAACAGAAAGAGAAAUUGAGCAUGUAUUGUGACAAAUAUAUUUCUAAUGCACCAGGUGGCUUUCUGUAUUUUUUUUUUGUCUGUUACUGAUGUGUAGAGAUGUGUUAUAAAAGCUGACAGCCAAAGCACAUUUGCAUGAUAGAGUGAAAUA